AUGUGUUCAUUUAAUAAUAUAAAUGGUAAUGAUAUAUUACCAUCAAGAUCGACAUUUACGAGAGAAAUUAUUCGACAAGCAAAUGAUAUUUGUGAACGUCUAGGUAUUAUUUUUAGAAAAAGAGCUAAGCAAGAAUGUUUAGCUAUAAGUUCAGAUUUAUGGAGUGACGAAUUCAAACAAAACAGCUGUCUUGGGUUUACUGCUCAUUUUGCUGAUGAUCAGCAUAUUUUACAGUCUAUUGAUCUUUUUUGUGAACCAUAUAAUGAAAUAGAUAAAACAGCAGGGAACGUAUUAAAAUCAAUUACGGCUGCCCUUUCUCGUUUUGGAUUUGAUCAGUUAAUGGAUAAAAUAACUUUUUUUUGUGAUCGUGGCAGUAAUCUGAUAAAAGCAUUAGAAGAUUAUCAAGUGAUUCAUUGUUUUUCUCAUAGACUAAAUAAUGUGUUAAAACGAACAUUUUACAGUGCAGGUACCAAAGAAAAACAACAGAGAAAACAAAGAAAAGAAUCAUUGAAAAAGAAUCAAAAUGAUGAUCAAUUCAAUCGGAAUAAUUCAAAUGAUGAUGAUAAUGAAUGUCGUAUGUAUUAG